AUGUACCGGUCCCUAUUUGUUAAAACUUGUGAAUCUCCAGUUCCGACGGGCAAUCGUCAAUCUCCUAUAGACAUUACCACAGAUACUGUUAUACACGAUUCGAAGAAGUGCAAGAAAAGCUCAUUAAAGCUCGAAUACCACAGUGGUGACUGUCAUGAAGUGAUCAUUUUGCCAACAGAAUGGAUGCUGCGAACUAGUGAUACCUGCAAAACUACUUUGACCGCCUCGCACUUGCCAGGGAAAUUUCGUUUGCUGCAAGUUCACGGACAUUGGGGUGAAACUGCCGAUUCGGGUUCGGAGCAUAGCGUUAACAAUAAGCGAUUUGCUGGAGAGGUACACUUCGUUUUUUGGAAUACAAAUUACGACCUAGAAAAUUAUGCCAACCACCCUGAUGGAAUGGCUGUUUUAGCAGUGUUUCUUAAGGAAGGCAAGUAUCAUCCCGAGUAUGGUCACAUCACUGGGUCAAUAUUGGAAGCAGUGACCAAUAAGACUGGAGUGCGUGUUGUGGAAUCAUUCGAUCUGACAAAACUGUUGCCAAAAAAUCUGGACUAUGUGUUCUAUGAGGGAGGACUCACAACCCCGCCCUAUACCGAAUGUGUUUUAUGGACCGUAUUGAUGGAACCCGUGGAAGUGUCGAUCAACCAAAUGCGCCAAUUUCGCCGCGUCGGUGUCAAGGAUAAUUGUCGAGAAGUUCAAGCUCUCUGUGGCCGUUCGCUCUAUUCAUCGUGUAACUUAUCGAAAUCAUGA